AUGUCGAAUUUAAUUUUUUUAAAUAGCCAAAAAGGCAAAAAGCUACUUCCAUACGACGGAUAUUUGCAUAACUUACACCAAUCGACUGAAAAUAAAUGUAUUUGGCGCUGUGUUGAACUUAUAAACUACAUAUGCAAAGGACGCUGUCAUACAACUAAUGRCGAAGAAUCAGGAGAAAUUAUAAAAAUACCCACACAUAGACACCCUCCAAAUGCUGUUAAAGUUAAUGUUAAAGAAGCAAUUGAUAAAUUAAAAAAUGAAGCUAAAACGUCAUGUGAACCUACAAGAAAUGUAGUCAGUAAAAUAGUUUCAGAUGUAUCUAAAAUAACUGUCAGUAAAUUACCACCAAUUGAUAUGUUAUCUCAGACUGUACGUAUAGAACAAUAA